CAUUUAGUGGUAAACAGUGACAAAUAAUACGUCGUAGUUAGCGACUGUGGCUAAGCUAACACAGCUCUUCUGAGCAGUUUGCCCGUGCGUUGUAUUUCUAGGAGGAACUCGGCUGAGCUGUUUCGGAGGUCCGCAGGGACAGGCAAAUAAUGGGAAGGGGUAUCGGCUGCUCCUGUAAUGCUGCAAGCCGUGUUUGUCGUCGCCCAGCCCCGGUCUUUGCUCGCUUGGUUCGCCCGUCUCUAACGUUAGCCUGUUAGCUAGCUCCGCUCGGACACGGCCCGUCUGCUAGUGGCGCACAAGACCUACAGCGAAAAUGGUGUUCUUGUUAAAUCCUCUGGAGAAUUUGAAGACCUACAUAAGUAACCGUCCUCCACUGGUCAUAUUUAUGGUCAGUGUAAGUGCAGUGGCCAUAACUUUCCUCACAAUUGGAUAUUUCUUCAAAAUCAAGGAGAUUAAAUCACCUGAAAUGACAGAGGACUGGAACACUUUUCUCCUCCGCUUCAACGAGCUCGACUUCUGCAUCUCGGAGAACGAGACGCUCAAGCAUAGCCUGAAUGAGUCCACGACCCCAGAGAGCACAGUGACCAGCGGGCAGUCGCGCUCCAGCACUCAGUCCCCCCUGGUGCUGGAGGACCCAGGUCCCAUCAACAUCUCUGUCCCCAUCACCCUCACACUGGACCCCCUGAGGCCGUUUGGGGGCUACUCACGCAACAUCACCCACCUGUAUGCCACCGUGGUGGGCCAGCAGGUUGGCCUUGCAGGCAGGGAAGCCCAUGAAGAGAUGAACAUAACCUUCACGCUUCCCGCGUCCUGGAACUCUGAUGACUGCGUCCUGCACGGCCAUUGUGAGCAGGUGGUCUUCAGCACCUGCAUGACGAUCACUGCAGCCAGCAAUGUCUUCCCCGUCACAGUACAGCCACCUCACUGUGUCCCGGAGACGUACAGCAAUGCGACGUCCUGGUACAAGAUCUUCACUACAGCCCGGGACUCGGACACCAAGUACACACAGGACUAUAACCCUUUCUGGUGUUACAAAGGUGCCAUCGGCAAGGUGUACCACGCUCUGAACCCCAAGCUCACAGUCAUUGUACCAGACGAUGACCGCUCUCUCAUCAACCUGCACCUAAUGCACACCAGCUACUUCCUGUUUGUGAUGGUGAUUACUAUGUUCUGUUACGCUGUCAUUAAGGGUAGACCUGGUAAAGUAAGACAGACCAACCCAGAUUUCUGUCCAGAAAAGGUGGCUUUGUCAGAUGGAUAAGAGUGGUAAAAGGUUGUCAUAUAGACUGAACCAUAUCAGCAGUAAAGGGGGGGGGGGGUCUGAACUGAACCAUAUCAGAAGUAGGGGAGAAGAAAAUGCUUGUUGCCUACUGAACCCAGGAGAAGGGUGCGAAAAAGCUCUGUAAUCCGAAUCUCUGCAAUGUUGGGUCACUCCAACCAAAGACUUUCAAGUGCCUGUAUCUACUGUGUAAAUAUUUGUAGGACCCUUAAUUCAGUACAGAAGCACUCUGCCUAAACAACCUCCACCCCCACCAUGCCAUCUGUGUCCAAGCCCUCCCCUGGCAAUAUCAUUCAAGAAAACAUGAUGGAGGAACAGUCAACAGCAGUUAAGCACGUCAUCACCCAGUGUUGCACCAUUUGAUUUUCCGGUACCUUGUCGGCAUGCAGAAAAACCCCACCUGGCUACGUGUGAUGUGUACUGUGGCGAUCAGCCAUGGCUUUUCUGGGAGAGGACAGGUGGAGGGUUCUUUUUGGCCUUCCUUCCUACAUGUGUCCUUCCUGGAGGACCUUCAGUCGUGCCCCACUGGCCUUUAUCAGAAUUGCAAAGGACUAUUGUCCGAAGAUUACGUGCCACCAUUGAAGAUGCCAGGAGAAGAUGGAUCAGCAGACUGUUAAUGCAGGCAAUGAGUUGGGUUGUGAUUUGAUUUUUUUUAUUUUUUUUUUUUCCUCCUUUUUCCUUUUCUUUAAAUGAGCCUGUUGUAAUCAUGUCACUUAAAUUUUUCCUUCCCACUGCACUGGUUUUGUUCAUUUGCCUGUUUGUUGUACAUCCAGGAUGGGUAUGCACACUACCUAGGUGCAGUAGAUGCAAGGCUCAUUUCGUAUUCAUUCUUUAAAAAAAAAAAACUGUAAAAGAGACCAAUAUCCAAAGACGUGGAGUGUAUUGCUUGGAUUGAUCAUCUAUCUGGCUUAUGUGAUGCAUAUAGUUAUAGUUAUAACUGAAAGAUGUAGUUGUAAGGGACUAAAAUAGAACGGGCCAUUUCGUGAUGGAUUUCUUGGUAAUUCAAUUUACUGUGUUCAAAUUAUAAAAUGUUUUACGGGCGGUGAUUCAUACCUUUUGGGUUUACAUCUCUUCUUUUACUGGCACACUGAAUGACUGAAUGUAUUUUUAAAGGCUACAGCAGACUUAGAUAUAGUGCAGCAUUCAUAAAACUUAAAACUUAAUCACUUGAAUGAUUACCCUCCAAUUGAAAAUGUGAUGUAUGGGGAAAAAAAAUACUGUAAUUUUGUAGUUUUUAUUAAUAAUCUGUUACCUCAAUCAUAUUUCCCAAUUUUUGUUUCUGAAACAAAAAAAUUCUCGAUUACAUUUUAAUACAAUUAAUUUGUGAUUAUCAAAAAUGUAUCUCCUAUCUUUUAUGCCAUUGAGUAAUAAUAGUCUCUUUUCUUCUUUUUUUAAUUUAUUUUUAUUUAGAGCCAUGUUUACCUAAUGCAAAGUCUAACCAUGCACACUCUCCUUACCAAGUGUUUUAUCAUUCCAUAUCACAUCGUACAUGUUUAACUUUCAUGCAACAUGCUGUUUGUGGAUAUUGAAUUUAUAUUGGUUGGGCAUUUUUGGAGAGAAACUCAUUGUGUGGGCUUGCUGCUUCAGUCCUUGAGUUUUUUCACUUUUUUUUUUUGCCCAUUUCGCUAUGCUCUCAGCAGACUUGCCUUAAUGUUUUCAUGCUCAGGCGAAUCAGAGUUUGCCUUGCCAUCUUUGCAGAUGUCCCUCCUGUUUAGAAAUAUCAGUUUGAAGCUGCCUGAGUUUGACAAAUUGGAGUCUUUGUUCCUAAACUGGAGUUCUCUUUUUGUCUCAUCCUUGCCUUUUUCCAUGUCGUGCUCUAGCUCUUCACUAACACACAACACACCGCCACCAAACCACUACCGUGCCUUUGCACUAGACCGCUGCAUCAACCGUGUAAAUAGUAUGUCCAUUUUAAAACACUUUGCAGAAGGUCGGGACCUGAACAACUUUGCAAUGGUUUGUCCUGAUGGAAUUUAUUCAAGUUAAAAUAAUUUUUUCUUUGAUACCCAUGUUGCCCAUUUAAUGUCUGUCUACAUCAAAAGCUUGAAUAGCUGAUCUUUCCUCUUAAGAAUGACUAAAGUGCUGCAGUCACCAUUGUUUUACUUCCCAAACUGAACAUUACUUCAUUAUUAAAUAUAAAUUUAUUCAUUUUGAGUUAAGAUGAAUCAUGCUUUAAAAGCAUGUGUAUCCUGGCCAUAAAACAGCUAAUGAUGGUUGUGGAUGCAAGGGGUCACUCACUGUAUAGUAUAAAAACUUUUCAGAAAAGCAAUACUUCAUGUUUAGGGCACUUAUUUAUAUGUGCAAUGUAGUUGCCAUGCUUAUGUUCCUGGAGUUGAGUCCUUUAUUUAAUGCAAAGGGAUGUAUAAAGCUAUGGUGAAUUAAUUUUAGUUUAGUGGAAAUUACUUUGUCUUUAAGGGGGUUGUUUGAUCGUUCUGUGAUUGCGAAGGACUUGUAAUUUAAACUUUAAACUUAAGAUCACCAAUACUUUAGGAAAUUGCCUGUGUGAAAAGGACAAUGAUUUGUGGGGGUUGUUCUUCACUGAAAGCAAGAGGAAAUUUGAAGUUGGUUCCAUGGAUGCCACCUGUAGCUUGGAUCAUAUUGAUCUGUCCCCUCUUGUUUCCUUUGGUUUUUGAAUGUUGAGUGAAAUGGGUGGCCCUCUUCUAGUUUUAAGUCACAGGGCUAUGGACAUGCCCUUCCGUAGGGUCUCUUUUUUUUGCAAGCAGAAACUUUGAGUGUGAUGCCAUUGCAAUUUUUUUUUUCUCCCCACUUGUCUUGAUGCAUGAUUGUAAAACAUUCUACCUGCUGACCAGUUGUUAAAAAGACAAUCCCAUUGUUCCUGUGCUGUUUGUAAAAUACUGUAGGCACACGCUUCGCUGAAUAAAAUCAAACAACAAGCACCA